AUGGCAACUACCAUGGGGAAGCUUGAUGUUCAAGUGAAGGUGAAGUCUAAUGCUGACAAGUUCUGGAACAGCAUCUUGGACUCUGCCAACAUUUUCCCUAAAGUAUCUUCUGAUUUCUUCGAUAGUAUUCAAGUUCUUGAAGGCGAUGGAUGAAAGAGUGUUGGAUCCAUACGCUUGGUCAACUUUGGUCAAGGAUUGGUGGGGGAUAUGAUGCAAUACUACAAGAGUUUCAAGGGUAGUAUUGAAGUGAUUCCAGAGGGAGAAGGAAGCCUUGUGAAAUGGGUUUGUGAGUUUGAGAAAGCAAGUGAAGAGGUUCCUAAUCCUGACAGGCUCAAAGACUUCCUUGCCAAGCAUUUCAAGGAUAUUGAUGACUAUCUACUUAAAACAUAGAUCACUGCAACUACUAUAUGUGUGUUAUGAGUCAGCUCUUGUUAGCAAUAAAUAAAUAACUUGCAGACACUACUGUAAUGCAUUAACCUAAGUUGACUUCAAUCUAUAAAUGUA